AGCAGCAAAAGCAGCAGAAGAAGAAGCCGAGGAGGAAGCAGAAGGAAAACUUUUCUCCUAAACUGAUCGCAGCAUCUUCUAUCUGCCUUCUGGGAGCGCUCUCCUCUACUGGUAGCAGAAAUGGCGCCGCGCUCAGUGGAGCUGAUCCAAACGCCGCUGCAGCUCUAUCGAUACCUGCUGAGAUGCUGCAGGCAGCUCCCGUCCACCGCCAUGCAGCAGCACUAUCGACACGCCAUACGACAGGGUUACAACAGCCACUCGGAUGAAGACGACCCCGAGAGGAUCCAGAUGAUGAUCCAGAGGGCCGUCAAAGAUGCCGAGUGGAUUUUAGACAAAUAUACCAAGAAGAAGUAGGCUCCAUCUCACAGCAGGACAGCGUGUUAAGGACCCAGCUCAGUCCACCACAGCGAUGGGUCCAGCAGCACUGAUGCGCCGCCGCACGCGUCCGGCUCUAACAGCUAAACCCGGCGUCGGUGCGUUUAGCGUUUCCAGAAAGUCAGGUGGCCGAAACAGGAGCUGACUGACGCACAGGACGGGGUUUCUAACCACAUCUGCUAAGAUUAUCUCUGAUAUUUGGUGUUUUCUCAUCAAUUUAAUCAGUAAUAUGGAGCCGCCCGAAGGUUUCAGCUGAAUGGAAACAUUUCCAUCUCAUAUGCAUUUUAAUUUUCUGGUGAUGUCAUCCUGCUCCUCUCAGUUAUCAGUCAAAUUAUCUGAAUUCAAACUGUUUGCUGUUCUAGUUAUUAUUUUAAA